UGUUCUCCAGCGURUAUUGGCAAACACCUGCUCUCCGCUCCCCUGUUUCCUUGCUGUCUGGUAAGAGAACCUGUUUUGGUCUCACGCUGGAGAUUCACCGAGAAGAUGAAAACUCCUCGGCGAUAUCAUGGCUACAUUCUUCUGCCCAACCUGCUAGAGGAAGCACUGUCUCUAGAGUCAGAAGAUUCAUCUGAAGAGGAAGAGGACCCAGUCAGGACAAACCCUGAUAACCCAGCCUUGUUCACAGAAGAAUUUCAUCAGCCUGUGCUGAACGGACAAAGCAACAUCAUGCACUUAGAAGAAAUACAGAAGCUUGCACCACAUUUACCUGUACGAGUGAUAGGACACCCGUGGAACCUCAUCUACUGUACCGCACGGGYUGGGUUUAGCCUGAAGUCUAUGUAUCGGAGCAUGAGUGAGUUGGCUUCCCCUGUGUUGUUGGUUAUCAGAGAUACUGAUGGCCAGAUAUUUGGUGCCUUUUCUUCCACAGCCAUUCAAGUCAGCAGCUGCUUCUAUGGCAAUGGAGAAAACUUUCUCUUCUCCUUCACUCCACAACUAAAGGUAUUUAAAUGGACAGGUAAAAAUACCUUCUUCAUGAAAGGAGAUGCAGAUGCUCUAGCAAUUGGUGGAGGAAGUGGCAAAUUUGGAUUGUGGCUAGAUGGGGAUCUUAACCAUGGAGGAAGUCAUCCUUGUGAGACAUUCAACAAUGAGGCUCUAUCUCCUAAAGAGGAAUUCCUCAUCCAAGAUUUGGAAGUUUGGGCACUCUCUUAAACCAAAGGGAAAAAUGUCUCAAGCUUCCCAUGGUGUGGACAAUGUGAGUGCAAUGGGAUCAAGGUUUAAUGAAGUAUUCCUCUUGGUGUGGAUUCACAACUUCCCUUCAAUGGAGCAUCAACCUGUCUCAGAUUUCCUGUCUGUCUAUAAAUUGACCAGGAAGCAAAUAUUGAAACAUCCCACAAAUGCUCUCAUGCCUACACUGCUUUCUUUUUCAUUGUAAUU